AUAGGCCCCGCCCCUGUGUCCCAAGACCCUGCCUCCUCUUGGGGGGGAAUCGGCCUCUUACUCUAGGCCUUUCGGUUUGCGCGAGCGGGCAAGAGAGCGUGCGUGCGGCGAGGAGGGUGGGCGCUCUCGCUGCCACUGACGAUGGAAGAACUGGAGCAAGGUCUGUUGAUGCAGCCGUGGGCGUGGCUACAGCUUGCUGAGAACUCCCUCUUGGCCAAGGUUUUUAUCAGCAAGCAGGGCUAUGCCUUGUUGGUUUCAGAUCUUCAACAGGUGUGGCAUGAACAGGUGGACACUAGUGUGGUCAGCCAGCGAGCCAAGGAGCUGAACAAGCGGCUCACUGCUCCUCCUGCGGCUUUCCUCUGUCAUUUGGAUAAUCUGCUUCGCCCAUUGUUGAAGGACGCUGCUCACCCUAGCGAAGCUACCUUCUCCUGUGAUCAUGUGGCAGAUGCACUGAUUUUACGGGUGCGGAGUGAGCUCUCUGGCCUCCCCUUCUAUUGGAAUUUCCACUGCAUCCUAGCUAGUCCUUCCCUGGUCUCCCAACAUUUGAUUCGUCCUCUGAUGGGCAUGAGUCUGGUGUUACAGUGCCAAGUGAGGGAGCUAGCAACAUUGCUUCAUAUGAAAGACCUAGAGAUCCAAGACUACCAGGAGAGUGGGGCUACGCUGAUUCGAGAUCGAUUGAAGACAGAACCAUUUGAAGAAAACUCCUUCUUGGAACAAUUUAUGAUAGAGAAACUGCCAGAGGCAUGCAGCAUUGAUGAUGGAAAGCCCUUUGUCAUGAAUCUGCAGAAUCUGUAUAUGGCAGUCACCAAACAGGAGGUCCAAGUGGGACAGAAGCAUCAAGGCACUGGAGAUCCUCAGACCUCAAACAGUGCUUCCCUGCAAGGAAUUCAUAGCCAAUGUGUAAACCAGCCAGAACAACUGGUCUCCUCAGCUCCAACCCUCUCAGCGCCUGAGAAAGAGUCCACAGGUACUUCAGGCCCUCUGCAGAGACCUCAGCUGUCAAAGGUCAAGAGGAAGAAGCCAAGGGGGCUCUUCAGUUAACCCGUUGUGGCCUCAGCUGCUGAGGAUGGACUUGGAGAAUAGCUUCCAAGCUUCACCUUGAAAGAAGCUUGCAUGGCAGCAGUAUUUCUAAAACAGUGAUCCAGUCAGAGGCCUACUGUAAGGGCAAGAGAACUGAAGUUCAUGUUGACAGGCCCACAGGGAAUUGGCCUUCCUAUUCAAGUGGAAGCCAGUCUCUGAGAAUCCCAUGCUCUCCUCUCUUUUGGUGGAGGUUCUGUAGAUUCAGGUUUCUACCAUGGACUUUAGGUAUAUAGGGCAAGUCAGCAAGAAAGCACCACACACUCAGGAAGCCUUGUCUACCUUUCCCUAGAGUCUCUAGCCAGCCAGUCCCCGACACUCCUCAGAGACCCACUUCUGUCUUUUGCAUGGAAUAAGAAGCACUCACACUCCCCUGCUUUUGGGAUUACUUAUGCUGUGGAACUCAUAACCCAAUUCACUUCACUGGGUCCCACCCCAUUGUUGUCUCUGGAUGAAGUCUAGCCAUCAGUCUAGUCCUUCAUAUUCUUCUUAAACUUCUCUGCAGUGGCCAGAGCUAAACCUCCAUUUGGAAACUUUGAUCUUGAGAACUCUCUUCAUGGUGGACACAAGAUAGAUAGAUGAUUGCUGCUUUCCUGUGUCAAACUUGAAUGCAUUUUUCUCUUUGUUUCCAAAGCAUAGGCAACAGGUUAAACUAUCAUGUGGGGUAGUUUAUCAAUCCUCCCACCUCAUCCUCCUGAGUAACUGGGACUAAAGGCACACACCACCACACCUAGCUAAUUUUUGUAUUUUUUGUGUGUGUGGAGACAAGGCUUUGCCAUGUUGCCUAGGCAGGGCUUGAACUCCUGGGCUCUAGUGAGAUCACUGCCCACCUCAGCCUCCCAAAGUGCUGGGUUUACAGGCAUGAACCACCAUGCCUGUCCCAUUUCUGGUUUAUUUACUUGUGAUGGUUAAAUGCCUCCUUAUUCAUAUAUCCUGUAUGUAUACUGGUGUUUCUGUCCUGAUGUCAAGUCUCAAGAGAAGAUGAUCAAACAAUAAUAAAAUAAUUAUAAUAAGAGCAACAAUAA